AUGUCUACUUCUACUACAUCUACUUCUACUACGUCUACUUCUACUACGUCCACUUCUACUACAUCUACUUCUACUACGUCCACUUCUACUACGUCUACUUCUACUACGUCUACUUCCACUACGUCUCCUUCUACUACGUCAACUUUUGCUACGUCAACUUCUACUACAUCUACUUAUACUACGUCUACUUCUACUACGUUUACUUCUACAACGUCUCCUUCUACUACGUCUACUUCUACUACGUCUACUUCUACCACGUCUACUUCUACUACGUCUACUUCUACUAAGUCUACUUCUACUACGUCUACUUCUCCUACGUCUACUUCUACUACGUCUACUUCUACUACGUCUACUUCUACUACGUCUACGUCUACUUCUACUACGUCUACUUCUACUACGUCUACUUCUACUACGUCUACUUCUACUACGUCUACUUCUACUACGUCUACUUCUACUACGUCUACUUCUACUACGUCUACUUCUACUACGUCUACUUCUACUACGUCAACUUCUACUACGUCUACUUCUACUACGUCUACUUCUACUACGUCUACUUCUACUACGUCUACUUCUACUACGUCUACUUCUACUACGUCUACUUCUACUACGUCUACUUCUACUACGUCUACUUCUACUACUUCUACUUCUACUACGUUUACUUCUACUACGUCUACUUCUACUACGUCUACUUCAACUACGUCUACUUCUAUUACGUCUACUUCUACUACGUCUACUUUUACUACGCUAUUUCAAUUGCAUAACGACUACUUUGGGGUCAUGUUUAUGUCUACUUCUACUACGUUAAAUUUUUCUUCUACUACGUCUACUUCUAUUACGCUAACUUAUACUUAUAAUUCUACCUCUACUAUGUCUACUUCUACUACAUCUACUUCUACUACGUCUACUUCUACUACGUCCACUUCUACUACAUCUACUUCUACUACGUCCACUUCUACUACGUCUACUUCUACUACGUCUACUUCCACUACGUCUCCUUCUACUACGUCAACUUUUACUACGUCAACUUCUACUACAUCUACUUAUACUACGUCUACUUCUACUACGUUUACUUCUACAACGUCUCCUUCUACUACGUCUACUUCUACUACGUCUACUUCUACCACGUCUACUUCUACUACGUCUACUUCUACUAAGUCUACUUCUACUACGUCUACUUCUCCUACGUCUACUUCUACUACGUCUACUUCUACUACGUCUACUUCUACUACGUCUACGUCUACUUCUACUACGUCUACUUCUACUACGUCUACUUCUACUACGUCUACUUCUACUACGUCUACUUCUACUACGUCUACUUCUACUACGUCUACUUCUACUACGUCUACUUCUACUACGUCUACUUCUACUACGUCAACUUCUACUACGUCUACUUCUACUACGUCUACUUCUACUACGUCUACUUCUACUACGUCUACUUCUACUACGUCUACUUCUACUACGUCUACUUCUACUACGUCUACUUCUACUACUUCUACUUCUACUACGUUUACUUCUACUACGUCUACUUCUACUACGUCUACUUCAACUACGUCUACUUCUAUUACGUCUACUUCUACUACGUCUACUUUUACUACUUACGCCAUGCCUCAGUUGAGAUUCCACCAAUGA